AAGUGUAAGCAUCUAAUAAAUAAAAAUCGCCCGGGUUCCUGCGUAGUUGUGAAUUAAAAAGUUAAUAAAAAUAUUGUGAAAUCCUGUUUGAUUUGAAACAAAUAUUUCUGCAAACAUAGGAAUAUUCUUUUGUUAGGAAUAUAAACAACUUUUAGGCCUAGUAUCGUCAAUCUACACAAGGUUAGUUUUGCAGCAUGGAAAAUUCUGAUGAGCAUUCUUCUACCUCAAAUUCUUCAAACGCGAGCAAUUUACCAACAAAUUUGUUAUCCAGCAGAUUGAAUAAAUUGGGAAUUGGUAGUGCGGCUAUAGGUAGGGGACGUGGGGUUUUACCAAGACCUACUGAACCUUGUUCUGUUGGUGCGUCGAAUCAGAGUUCAUCUAGUUCUUCAAGUGGUGUUUUCAACCGAUCUGCAAUACUAAGAUCAUUGUCCCAUGGGGUUACAUCUGAUAGUGAUCUUCUUCCAGUAGGAAUAGAUGCAUCAAAAAUUGUUUCAGAUAUUGGUAGAGGUAGGGCAAGACUUUUAGCAUCGUUCCAGGCUGCACGUAAUCCUGGAGUAGUCCCCACAGCGACUCAAGUCCCCACAACGGCUCAAGUCCCCACAACGGCACAAGCCUCCACAAGCUCACAAGCUUCCACAACCUCACAAGGUCCCGCAGAGAAACAAGUCCCCACAGCGGAACAAGUCCCCACAGCGGAACAAGUCCCCACAGCGGCACAAGUCACCACAGAGAACGCUCAAAAUAAAUCAUUACUUGGAACCAGUGGCACAGCAGUGACUUUAACUUCUAAUUAUAUUAAGCUCAAACUGGAACCUAACAAGGGAGUUUACGAAUACGAAGUCAAAUUUGAUACAGACAUUGACUGUAAAGGAUUGAGGAUAAAAUUAUUAAAUCAGCAUCUUCAAGAAUUGGGAGGUGUGAAAACCUUUGAUGGGGUAAUUUUAUAUUUACCUAUUCUUUUAGAAGAGAGCAAAAGAAACCUUGUGUCGAUCAACCCUAUAGAUGAAAAACCUGUAAAGUUGCAGAUUAUUUAUAAGAGGAAGAAGAGUCUGGGAGAGUGUAUUCAUUUAUACAACGUGUUAUUCAAGCGAAUUAUGAAUACCUUAGAGCUCGUAACUUUUAAUCGGCAGCACUUUGAUCCUGCAGGUGCAAAAAUCAUUCCUCAGCAUCAGCUUGAAAUAUGGCCAGGAUAUGUUACAGCAGUCAAUGAAUUUGAUGAUGGAGUUAUGUUAUGUCUUGAUGUUUCGCAUCGUGUUUUGAGACAGAAAACAGUUCUGAAUAUGCUGACUAAUAUUGCUCGUGGUGAUAAGAAUAAUGUAAUAAAAAAUGCUAAGACUGCAUUAUUAGGUUCUCACGUUUUAACCAGAUACAACAAUCGCACAUAUCGAAUUGAUGACAUUGAUUUUGGGAUGUCUCCAAUGACACAAUUUGAAACAUCACAGGGUAAAAAAAUAACAUUUUGCGAGUAUUAUAAACAACAGUACAAUAUUGAUAUAAUUGAUUUGGAUCAACCUCUUUUGAUAAGUAUAAAUAGCACCAAAGUAUCUGGUUAUUCAGAACCAGUAGAAAGCAAAAUAUGUUUGGUCCCUGAAAUUGCAUUUCUGACUGGAAUUUCUGAAGACAUACGAAACAAUUUCAAAAUAAUGCGAGAAAUUGCUACAUACACAAGGAUAACACCAGAACAAAGAGUUUAUGGUUUGCGAAAGUUUUUGGCAAAUGUCAGAAAUAACAAGAAAGCUCAAGAUUUACUCUCAAGUUGGGGUCUGUACAUGGAUGAUGAUUGUUUCAAAAUGAAGGGGCGCACUCUAGAAACAGAAACUAUAAUAUUUUCUGGAGGAACAACUGUUUCUGCAAAUUCAAAUGCUAGUUGGGGUCAGGAAUGCACAAGAAAUCGUGCAUUGGAAUCCGUUGAUUUAAUGGAAUGGAUCGUCAUCUUUGCAACAUCAGAUCAGAGCAAUGCGACAAAUUUUAAAGACUGCAUGAAACGAUGUGGGCCUCCUAUGGGAAUAGUAGUUAAAGAUCCUAUUAUGAAAUGUAUAAGCAAUGACAGAACAGAAACAUAUGUUAUGGCAACUCGUAAAGCAAUUGAAGAAAAUAGUAGGCUUCAAGUGAUAGUUUACAUUUUUCCUACAAUGCGUGAUGAUCGGUAUGCUGCAGUUAAAAAGCUCUGUUGUGUACAAUAUGGAAUUGCAUCCCAGGUGAUUAACUCAAAAACUAUUUCAAUGCCGAAUAAAUUAAGAUCUGUGGUUCAGAAGAUAGCUUUACAAAUAAACUGCAAAAUAGGAGGAUCGUUAUGGGGUGUUAGUAUACCGUUACAAAAUACUAUGAUUUGUGGUAUAGACACAUACCAUGACGCCAAUAUCAGAGACAAAUCUGUAAUAGGGUUUGUGUCGUCCUUAAAUCGAUCAUGCACUAAAUUUUACAAUCAAGUUGGAUUUCAAAACCCAGGCGAUGAGUUAGGUCAGUGCAUGAAAUAUCUAUUUCAAAAAGCUAUAAAAAGAUAUUAUGAUGUCAAUGCAGCCUUUCCUAGCAAAAUUAUUUGCUACAGAGAUGGAGUUGGUGAUGGCCAGCUCAAGCAUUGUCAGGAUGUUGAAAUUUCUAUGAUGGAGGAAUGCUUUGACAGUGAAGUUUUUGGCAAACAAAAGCCUUUACUGAUCUUCAUUGUUGUACAGAAGCGUAUUAAUACACGCGUAAUGACUUCGACGAAUAACGGGUUUACAAACCCAAACCCAGGGUCCAUAAUUGAUCAUUCUAUAACGAAAAAAAAUGUACGAGACUUUUAUCUGGUACCUCAAAAUGUAAACCAAGGUACAGUAACUCCAUCGCAUUAUAUUAUUCUUCAGGAUAACACAAAUUUAAAGACUGAUCACAUACAACGAUUAAGUUUCAAACUGUGCCAUCUUUACUACAAUUGGCCUGGCACUAUUCGCGUUCCUGCGUGCUGCCAGUAUGCGCAUAAAUUAGCUUACCUAAUUGGACUACAUGUGAAAGCCCAGCCAAAUCCCAUGUUAGAAAAUAAUCUAUUUUAUUUAUAAAUAAAAAAAAUUUAAACUCAAGUAAGGAAUAUAAAAUAUUUUGAAAUUAUCUUCCAAUUAUCAAUAACUGUGUACCUGUUUCUGUGUUAAGUGUUAAGUAUAUUAGUAAAGUUUGAAUGUAUACAUGUAUUGUGUAUACUAUAUACAUACAUAUGUAAGCAUGUUAUAUAUAAUGUA